GCGUUCCCGUUCAAGAAUAUAUUCUGCUUUGGCUCUAAACAAUCAUUUAUAUACGGUGUUUAAUUAGUUGAUUUAAUUAGUUAACUUUAUGUGUUUUUUCCCUAAUAAUUUGUUGAAUUGUUUGCAUAAUGUUGUUAAAUUGUUUGCAAAAAUAAUUAAUAUAGAUAUAAAUGUAUGUGUUAUUAAAUGCCUCUACUGAUUUCAUUGUGUUGUGAAAAUGAAUUUUUUGACUUUCCAAGUCAUUUUGACUGUUUUUCUAAUUCUACAAAUUCAAAAUGUAAUUGGAAUUUUACCUUUACUUAGUUUAGGAUAUGCAGGAGCGGGACUUGCAGGAAUGUAUGCAGGUUAUUCAUAUUUAAAAUGUAAAGUUACAGAAUGCUGUAAUGAUGAAUAUAUUCCAGCUGAUAUUUGGCAUUUGGAUAGUAUGCUUAGAAAAGAGUUAUUUGGUCAGAAAAUUGCUCACGAAACAGUACUUAAUGCAAUUCGAGGUCAUUUAUCACAUCUUCAUCCAAUAAAACCAUUGGCAAUGAGUUUUCAUGGAUUGCCAGGAAGUGGGAAAAAUUUUGUUGUUAAAAUGAUAGCAAAAGCAUUAUUCAAAAAUGGUGAGGAUAGCGAAUAUUUUCAUUUUUUCAAUGGACGAGAUGAUUUUCCAAAUGAACGAGAUAUUGAUAAAUAUAAGGCGGAUUUGCGCCAGGAACUUGUCAAGAGUAUAAAAAAAUGUGAUAGAUCAUUAUUUGUAUUCGAUGAGGUCGAUAAAAUGCCAGAGGGUGUAUUAAAUGCAUUAGUGCCAAUUCUCGAUUAUACGAGUUAUUUUAAAUUGGCAGGCGUUAAUAAAAAUAAGGCAAUAUUUAUAUUUUUAUCAAACACUGGAAGUCAACAAUUGGUGAGACGUUUACUUGAAUUAUGGGAGAGUGGUAAAAAUCGUGAGGACACAUCACUUCAGGAUUUUGAGAAUUUAAUAACAAUUGGAGCAUUCAAUGAGAAGGGUGGAUUUCAUAAAAGUGAUACAAUUGAAACAAGUUUAAUUGAUCAUUAUGUGCCAUUUUUGCCACUUGAGGAAUCACAUGUUAUUAAAUGUGUUCAAAGGGCAUUUCGUGAACGUUUCAUUGAAUCAACUGAUGAAAUGGUGAGCGAAGUAAUGAAACACGUGACAUUUGAUCCACCACCACAUAAUCUUUAUUCAAAAGCCGGUUGUAAACGAAUUGAACAAAAAGUCGACUUGAUUGUUAAUCAAAAACGAAGGAAUUUUGAUCUUUGAUAAUUUUUUUUUUUCUAUCGAAAAUGAUUUUUAGAAAUUCUAAUGAGGGUUUUUAAUCUCGUUCUUUUUCUCUCGUCGAAAAAAAAAAAUGUAUAAUGUGCUUUUUUAUUGUGAUUAUGAAUUUCGUGUUUAUUUUGAGAGAAUUUAGUUGUUUUUUUCUGAUUAUAGUGGCUAGACAAUAAUUUUUUUCCCCGUCUUUUGUUUUUAAUUUUUAUAUAUAUUCAAGUUAUUUUUAACGACCAAUUAAAAUAAGGCAACUAUUUUUUUAACUACUUGGAAAUAAUAAAAUAUUUAUAUUAUA